AUGGAUCCAUUUCAUUCUUCAAAGAGAAGUUCAGUAUCAUUCGGCGGAACCACUGCUAGAACAACCACUUAUCCAAAUACAUUUGAAUAUAGUCCUAUGGAUAACCUUCAAUAUGACACUCCUGGACAUGACAAUAAUGACGAUCUUAAUGGUACUUAUGAUACGUAUGACAAUACACCUAAUAAUGCGAAUAAUAACAAUACGGCUUUCUACACCAACCGAUCACCAAUGUAUUCUCCUUUAGAUUACUCAAGGACAAUGACUUCUCCUGGCCAUUCUAAUAAUACUUCAAAUAGUAACAGUUUUAUGGCACCCCCAGGUUUUUCAACAUUACAACAGCAUCAAUCUAGAGCAUAUAAUAUGAUAUCUAAUAAUAAUAGUAAUAGCCCCAUGGUUGCGAAUAAAAAUAUAGUAUGUGAAUGGGAAUCUACAGCUCCAUUAUAUGCAAUGGAUUGGAGUAUGGAUGAUUUAAUUUGUUUAGGUUCUUAUAAGGAGGACUCUAGGAAUAAAUUACAAAUAAUUAGAUCCACAGACCAAUUGAAUUGGGAUAAAGUGUCGGAAUGUGCAACAACGUAUCCAGUAAGUAAAGUACAAUGGUUACCAAAUAAUUUAAGACCAAGACAAUUGGCUACAUGUUCAGAUUCCCUAAGGAUAUGGUCUCUAAAUGAUUCUGAUGGUAGUCUACAGGAACAAAUCAACCUAUCCCUUUGCAAAUACAAUAAACAACAUAGCCAUUCUCUAGAUAUAACAUCAGCAGAUUCAACAAAUAGAAUACUAGGGAGUUUACCUCCAAUCACCUCAUUUGACUGGAACCCAAUCGAAACUAACUUAAUAAUAUCUUGUUCCAUUGAUACUACAUGUAUUGUAUGGGAUUUAAAUAGUUCAAAUUUUGUUAAGACACAACUUAUAGCACACGAUAGUGAGGUCUACGAUGUACGUUUCCUUACAAAAUCUACACAGAUAUUCGCAAGUUGUGGUGGAGAUGGUAGUGUACGUGUAUUUGAUUUGAGAUCAUUAGCACAUUCCACCAUCAUUUAUGAACCAACUGCAAAUGUUGCGCAUCCUGAUUUGGAUGAUCCAACACAACAAAACCAUGCAUUAUUGAGAUUAGAACCUUCACCAUCCGAUCCAAAUAUUCUCGCCACAUUUGUUUGUGAUUCAAAUUCGAUUAUAAUCUUAGACAUGAGAAACCCAGAAUCCCCCGUCUUGACUCUAGAAGGACAUAGUGGUACCAUUAAUCAAAUAAAAUGGCAUCCAACAAAGAGAAAUAUCUUGAUGUCCUGUGGUGAUGAUUGUCAGGUGUUGUGUUGGGAUCUAAAUAAGUAUUUGGAGACAGGUACGCCAACAACUGCAGCAUCUGAUUCCGAUGGACAAACGCCAAUGUUGAAUAAGAAUUCGCAAGAGCAAGAUAUCGAUAUGUCGGGAGAUAAUAAAAAAGUGAAUAUGCCAGAUUUUUAUUAUUCCAGCGGAACUGAAGAAGUUAAUAAUAUUGCCUGGAGGCCAGAUGAUGGCAAUUGGUUAGGGACUGUGAGUGGUAAGACAUUCAAGAAUAUAAGAGUGCAUUAA